AGGCCCGGGUCGCGGCUCCGACGGGGCGGGGCAGCCGGAGCCGGAGCCGGAGCACUUCCCCGGGGAGCCGGGAAGGGGCAGCGGGAAGGGGUCCCGGGGAGCAGCAUCGCCCCGGCUAUGGCGGGAGACCGCGCCGCCAAGAGCCGCGGCGGCUCCCCCGAGCUGCUCUGGAUGCUGUGGUACGUCUGCCGGAGCUACACCCAGCGGAGGCUCAUCCAGGAGAAGGACACCCACGCCGGGGCCCGCUGGCUCCGCUGUGGGAUUACCUUAUUUGCAGUGAUUACUUUAAUUAUGGACUCUUUUAAGAUAGGCUAUUUUAUUGGAUUUUCCAACUGUUUGUCUGCAACUGAAGGCAUUUUUCCUGUUACACAUGCAGUGCAUACUCUUUUACAGGUGUAUUUUCUUUGGUGUCAUGCAAAGGAUAUAAUCCAGUCUUUCAAAACACUUGAAAGGUUUGGGGUAAUCCAUUCUGUGUUUACAAAUUUACUCUUGUGGACAAAUGGAGUAUUAACAGAGUCUAAACAUCAACUAAAUGAGCACAAGGAAAGGCUAAUCAUGCUUGGUUUUGGAAACAUAACAAUAGUUUUAGAUGACCAUGCACCUCAAUGUAAUUGUUCAACAACAACUCUCUGUUCAAUAUUUUCUCAAGGAAUAUAUUAUCUGUAUCCUUUCAACAUAGAAUAUCAUAUUUUGGCAUCAACAAUGCUGUAUGUUCUGUGGAAGAAUAUUGGACGCAAAGUGGAACACCACCAACAACACAAAAUACCAUUCAAGUUUCAUGGCAUAACAAUUGGCACAAUUUUUGGACUAACUGUGCUGACUAGCACCAUAGCAAUUGUUGUUGUGUAUUUGAUUCAGAUUGGACGUUCAAAAAUCAAGAGUGAGUUGGCACUGACCAUGUUUUAUAUAUAUGCUAUCUCAGUACUGACCCUCAUGUGUACUGCUGGAAUUGUUGCCCUUCUAAUUUACAGACUAGAAGACAGAUCAUUGGAUAAUUCAAAAAAUCCUGCCAGGAAACUGGAUGCAGACCUACUGGUUGGUACAGCUUCGGGAUCAUGGCUCCUUUCGUGGGGUUCUAUUCUAGCAAUUAUCUGUGCCCAAGACCAUCCACAAUAUACGUGGUAUAAUUUGCCUUAUUCCAUUCUGGUUAUUAUUGAAAAAUAUAUUCAGAACCUCUUCAUCAUUGAAUCCAUACAUCAGGAACAGGAAAAGGUGAAUGAUGACAUUAAAACUCUUCGAAUAGUAACUAUAUCCAGGGAGAACACUCUGUCACUUACCCCAUCCUUUAAAGAAAUUUACAAUGGGACAGUUGAUGCUGACAGUGGAGAAUUACCGUGCCUGUUCAACGGAAAUGUGAAAGAAAGCAGUAGCAAUGGUAGUCUUGAGGAAGACAAAAGUCAAGUUUUCAGUCCAGUGAUACAUUCAACCUCAGAUUUCUCACUUUACAGUAGCAACUCUGUUGCUAACAAUAAGAGGAGAAUACUGAAGAACAUUGCAGCAUUUUUAUUCUUAUGUAAUCUUUCGCUCUGGAUUCCACCUGCAUUUGGUUGCCGCCCAGUGUAUGACAAUGGACUGGAAGAAAUAGUUUUUGGCUUUGAACCUUGGAUAAUUGUUGUUAACCUUGCAAUGCCUUUUUCUAUUUUUUAUCGUAUGCAUUCAGCUGCCUCACUCUUUGAGGUUAGUUGUAAGACAUAAUCUGUAUAUUGUCCAUGAAUGAAUAACUAAUGGAAUGAAUGAUUUAAUAUGUGGGUGGUUAAAAGAAUACAAGGAGCUGUUUAGAACUCAGCAGGUUCUAAAACUAUUUUCCUAAACAAGAGCUUACUUUAAUAGAAUUUAAUAUUUGAUAUUAAUUUCCUCUGAAUAUUUGAUUGCAUAAUCAAACAGUCUCUUUUUUGGCAGAAUUUUCAAUACUAGGUGGGUGCCAUGUAGCAAUGUUAAUUGAAAAUGCUCCUGAAUCUUUUCCUGUUCAAAUCAACUCGUGCUUACCAUGUGGAAACAAAAUAUGUUCUUCAUACAAUUUGUACUGGUGCACUUUUUUUCUCUCAGUGUUCCUCUCACUCCCUUGGAUGGGAUUUUUAAAAAUGCCUUUGUGAUUUAGGAACAGAAAUCUUACUGAUUUUCAAUUAGAUCUAUUGCCCUAAAUAUCUUAGACACUUUUGAAGAUACCACCCUUUAAGAGCACCUUUCUUUAUAAUGUAGACUGGAAUCCAAAUCUAUUAUUUAGUGUGUGAAAGGAAAUGGUAUUUAAAUCUCUGAAUAUUGAUAUAAAAUCAGCAUGUUAUUGUCAUUUUCCUGAGUAUAUUGUUUGAAGAUAUAAAUGCUAUAUGGAUUUAGAUAUGGUAUUGUAUAUAAUUCCUUAUGAGUAAAAAAGUUUUCCUUAUUAUUGGAUCCCUACUGUUUUGUAUUUACAGUAUGAAAUAACUAAGUAAUAAAGCUAAUUUCUUUAA